CACUCCGCUGUUGUCAUAGACACUGCACCACUAGCAGUGCAUUAUACUACAUUAAUCUCACAAUGUGCACUUGAUGUGGGACUGCAGAUCUCAUGUGGCUAGAAGUGUGGUAGUUAAUUAAGAAAUUUAGGCAAAUGUUUCUAUAUAAGACUCCGUUGAAUCACUUGUUGGUUGAACAGAAGUCAAAUCUUUUAAGGCAUUGCAUUGUUUCUAGAAGUAGCAUAAGAUAUUGGAAAGAGGUGAGAAAUACAGGUUUUAUUGUGAGUGGUAAGUCCUUUUCCUGCCAUGAAAAGUCUCCGCUUUGGAUUCCUUUGAUGUGGCUUUUACUUUUUCGGCCGAAAAAAAAACCUGGCUGACGGCUUAGAUGUCACUGGUGGUACUGAACUGGAGCCCCUUUUUUUGUGAGCAUGACAUGGGCUUAUCUCUCCCCACAGUUGGUCAGGAGCACGUUAAUGGCUGCUUGUUGUGGCAGGGGCAAAACAUAGGGAUAUUUACACAGGGUCCAUGAGCCCUUAUUGCGCAUCUCAUUAUUGCUCUCACAAUGGGCUGCCACUCUGUCUGUUUGCUGUCAGGGAUAAUGUGUCCCAUUGGAACCUCACAAAGAAGGGCAAUCAGGCGGCCAACCCAUUGUUGGCAGACGAAGCGGGUCGUUCUGUGGAGGCCAAAAGUGGUGUCGAGUGGACUGGCUGUGACGUCAUCCCCCUUUAAAAGGGCGGUUUGAAGCGAGGGCGCUACCAGUAGUCCUAUGUGUGUUCAGACUGUGGUGCAGCGAUGGGCGCCACUCUUCUUCUGAGUUUGCUCUCUGCCGCGGUGUUGUCCGCUAGCCUGUCCAAUGCCACAGACGACCCCAUGACCACUGCCAACCACGAGGCCCCCGUUGACCCUGUGGCCCCGUCUUGCCCAGAGCGCCAGGAGGCCUUUGACGGUUCCUGCUAUGAGUUUGUGAGGCUGAAGCGCACCUUUUUGAGUGCCCAGAGCUGGUGUGAGAGGGGUGGCGGGCACCUGCCGUUCGUCCUCAAUGACGAGACUCAGCAGUUUCUGCAGAAGCACCUGGAUCCGGGGCUCGACUGGUGGCUGGGCCUGGCGCCCGCCUCCCAGAACCUCACCCUGGACCCCGCGGCUCCUGAAGGUCCCCUCUCCUGGCUUGAUGGCUCCGACGUGAGCUAUGCCAACUGGGUUAGGGACCCCCUGGAUGGGGCUGGGUGUGGCCUCAUCCUGAGGGACUCUGGGUUCCAGUGGGAGGCAACUGACAACUGCAGCCAAGAACUCGACUUCAUCUGCGAGUUUGAGUCUGGCCACGCCCUGGCCUGUGCGGAUUACAACGCGACGCUCCAGUGCGGGUCCGGGCAGGUGGUUCAGAUUGACGACGGCUUCUACGGCCGGAAGACCGUGCAUUACUGCCAGGCGAGCCGGGGGACCUCGCCGUCAGCCGCCCAGGAGGAGUGCAGCUGGGUGGACGUGGUGGACUUGGUGAAAGGACACUGCCAUGGGCUGCAGGCGUGUCAGGUGGCCCUGGAUGUGGCAUCGCUUGGGGAGCCCUGUCCAGGACUGGGAAGCUAUCUGUCUGUGGAGUACCACUGCAAAGACGGUCUCCGACUGUUAAUGAGCAAGCUGGCUGCCGUUUUUGACAAUGUCACAAUCACAGUCAAGUGGCUACUCCACCCAUUCCAGGGAAAUCUCACCUGCACCCUCAGCGCUGGCGAUGGGCACACUGUCGACCCCUACAGUCCAGAGAAGUCAGAAAGCAGCAUGGUUCACAAGUAUACCCGGCCUGGCAUUUUCACGGUUGGGGUGGAGUGCACCACCAGCGAGUGGCAUGUGACUGCACAGAAAACCAUUACCAUUCAAGAGCCAAUCGGCGAGUUUGGUGUCAUUCGGUGCUAUGGUUUGAACCAAUCAGGGGACAGCACAAACUGCAAGGCCCUUUAUGGCAGCACUUUGAACAUCCAGGUGGAGGUGGAUGCAGGGACCAACAUCACAUACAAAGUCCAGAGCGGUCAGACCGUCCUGGCCACGGCGACCGCGGUGCGAGGGAUCCACCCUGAGAACAUCACAGUGGACCAGGACGCCCAGCUGCAGCUGGGACCGGGCUGCCACCAGCUCACCCUGCUGGCCUCCAAUGAGGUGACCGCCGUGGAUGUCUCUACGGAGAUUCUGGCCUGCUUCCUGGAGCCGGUGGGGGGCCUGGAGGCCUGGCUGCUGUCGUCGGGGGACGAGCUGUGCACGGGGUCCGAGCUCCGGGUCAACGUCUCGCUGGCCCGUGGGUCUCCUGCGCGGCUGCUCUUCCGCAUAUCCAACGGCAACAGCAGCGUCUACGAGACGAGGGAGAUGAUGAACAGCAGCCUCCAGGAGUUUGGGGUCCCAGCUGAUGCACAAGCAGACAGACUGGUGGAUAUUUACAUGAAAUAUUUUCCAACUGCAACAUUCCAAGUGAGUGUCAGAGCAGCAAAUGACCUAUCAGAGAUGGACUUGGAUGUGGGAAGCAUAACUAUGGUUUGCAACAGUUCUCAAACCAAUGAGACCAACGAACAUUCCAGAGUCCCCCGGGACGAUUCUAACGUUAAUAUCGAAUUGUCACCAAAGAAUCCAGUCAUCGGUGACUCUGUUACACUCCAGGUGAAAGACCUGCCAAAAAGCAGUAGCGAUUACAAUUUUGCCUGGAACUGCAGUGGCGGGUGUAAAGAUGGCUGCCCAACAGGCAAUUUAGAAAAACUGAAAAUUCCCAGUGACUGCAUGCCAGACACAUUUGACGUUGCUAAGUACACUGUCGAAGCAUCCCUAAAAAACGGUGGUUCAGGCCCCGAGAGAGCAUCCCAAUGUAUAAUUGUAAAGCCAAAGGAGGAUUUGAAAAUAAGUAUAAGCUGUUCUGCCUGCAACCCAGUGAACGCCAAUCAAAACAUUAACCUGCAACUGACCUGCGAGGGCUGCCAGACUAUUAAAUGGUACAUAGUGGACAUCAAUAAUGUGGAAGAUGGCCUGAAGCGGUGUUAUGAUUCCAAGAUGCCAGGGAAACUAAUACCCAGGAGUACGGGCACCAGCAGUCUGGAACUGUCAAGUUCCGAGCUAAAAGCUGCCGAAAAUCAAAAGGCGAAUAUCAAAGUUGUGGUCCUAGGCAUAGCUAACGGGAAGUCUGGAUCUGACACCUAUACCAUUGACCAGAAUCAACCCAGCACCAGUCCCCCCUCUUCUGGCUUCACGUGUAGCAUCGACCCUUCGAAGGGGACAAUUCUGACACCUUUUACUGUGAACUGCUCCAUGCCCAUGCCAUCCUGUUCAAGCCCCUGUACUUUCUGCCUCAGUGCUGGGAAAGGUAAACAUCUAGACUGUGGAAAUGUUCCUGCCAUGACGUCGCUCUUCCUCCCUCUCGGGGAUAAGAAGAAGGACUACCGUCUGACUCUGUCUGCCACUGUGGAAAACAAGGCAGGGUUCAGCGAGAGCUACUCAUUGACUACCCAGGUGACGGACACCAGUUCAGGCUCCAAUGUGCAGGACCUGCAGACCCAGGUUUCAGAGCAGGUGUCAAAGCUGCAGCAGCAGGGCAAGCUCUCUGGGACAGUCCUGGCAAAUAUGUACCAAUCUGUGUCCGCCAAGCUGAACGAGGGCACUGGAGGGGAAAAGGAAAAGAGCACCAGGAUGGAGAUGCGGGAGGAGAUGCUGGCCAACAUGUCUGCAGUGCUGCAGAGUGACCCCAGCGGUGAUGGCCUGGACGUGCUGGCUACUGCUGUGGCCUUGGAAGGACUCACUCACCUGAGUGAUGAGCUGACAGCCUCUGCUCAGAUUCAGGCGAGCACACUGCUGUGCAACCUCAGCCUCAUCCUGAUGUCCGUUAACAGUUCCAACACGGAGGAGGCCGAUCUAGUGAAAGAGGCGGCGGGGCCCAUCAUCAUGACUGCCAGCAACAUCUUAACGUCAUCCUCCAGUUCAAGCAAUAAGCGCGAGAUCUCUGGUGUCCUGCUGAACACCAUAGACCAUGUGCAGUCCGCUCUACUGGAUGGGACGAGCACCGGUGAAGAGCCUAUCGUCUACAGCUCCCCAGAGAUCACCGUUUACGUCAACAGGAUGGAGCCAGAUCAGCUCCAGAGUCAGGCCGUCAAAGUUCAGAACAGCACCACAGCCAGUUUCACCUUCCCUCCCAUGCAGGAAGAUCUGGUGUCUGGUGAACCUGUGGAUGUGCGGAUGAUGAGCUUUGCGACAAACCCCUUCUCCUGGCAUGAGGAGGAGCCAAUCAGUGGGACAGUGGGAUCCCUGUCCCUCACCAGAAAUGACGGCUCUGUCAUUCCUGUGGCGAAUCUGACCAAAGAAAUCGAGAUCUUCUUGCCAAGGCCCGAUGGACAGCAGGUGAACAGCACAGUCCUGGACCUGAGAAACUUCAGCACGGUGGCCAUUAACAUGACCACGCCCAACAUCUCCCUCGUGGUCCGGCUGGACCCCUCAGAAGACAUCACCCUGCGCCUGCUCUUAGGGUUCCAGUACUACCCAAAGGACGCCCACUACGAGGCACAGACACAGCUGCCCCACCCAGAUGUCCCGCCAGAGGAGCAGUACACAUGGGUACUGGGUCCACAGGAACUGGCAGCGGGUGUUGGAGAGUACUUUAUUUUGGUGAGACCCGUAGUGAGUGCGGGGGUUAACUCCACCAAUGCCAGAGUGUCCGUCACCUCCAUUGCCGCUCAGUGCAAGUACUGGGACGAGGCUGAAGCCGGCUGGAACAACCACGGAUGCAGAGUCGGCCCCCUCACCAAUGCAUCGGCCACUCAGUGCCUGUGCAACCACCUGACCUUCUUUGGGAGCUCCUUCUUUGUCAUGCCCAACAAGGUGGACGUCUCGCGCACGGCCGAGCUCUUCGCCACCUUCGCCAACAACCCUGUGGUGGUCUGCUUCGUGGGCUCCCUCUUCCUGGCCUACCUGAUAGUGGUGGUGUGGGCUCGCAGGAAGGACAUUGCCGACACUGCCAAGUUGAAGGUGACCAUGCUUCAGGAUAACGACCCCCUGGCUCAGUACCGCUACAUGUUGCACGUCAGCACAGGGCACCGGCGGGGGGCAUCCACUUCCGCACAGGUCACUGUCACUCUGCUUGGAUCGGAAGGGGAGAGCGAGCCGCACCACCUCACUGACACAGACAAGCCGGUGUUUGGGAGGGGAGACACGGACAUGUUCCUGCUGACCACGCCCUUCUCCCUGGGGGAGCUGCAGAGCAUCAGGCUGUGGCAUGACAACUCGGGGAGCCACCCCGCCUGGUAUGUGGACAAGGUGAUGGUGCACGACCUUGAGACCGGACAGAAGUGGUUCUUCCUGUGUAGCUCCUGGCUGGCCAUAGAUAUGGGUGAUUUCCUCCUGGACAAAGUCUUCCCUGUCGCCACAGAGAUGGAUAUGAAGAGGUUCAGCAAUCUGUUCUUCAUGAAGACAGCCAAGGACUUCCGCGACGGCCACAUUUGGUUCUCUGUGGUCAGCCGGCCCCCGAACAGCAACUUCACCCGCGUGCAGCGAGUCUCCUGCUGCUUCUCCCUGCUGCUCUGUACCAUGCUCACCAGCAUCAUGUUCUACGGCGUCCCCACCGACCCGUCUGAGCAGAAGAUGGACCUGGGUCAGAUUGAGUUCACCUGGCAGCAGGUGAUGAUUGGCAUCCAGAGCUCCAUAAUAAUGUUUCCCAUAAACCUCUUCAUCGUGAGCAUCUUCCGGAACACCAGGCCGCGAGAGAGGAAGCCGAAGCAGCCCAAAUCAGAGUCUGGCAAGCAGGGAAAGACGGGUCGGGUCUCCCCUUCCCAGCCUCCCUCUCCACAGACCGGCCACAGGGACAUCACCCCCGAUGCCAUCAUCAAGGACAUCAAGAGGAUAGCGCAGUCACUCUCCAAGACCAUGAAGAGCCCCAUCCCAAAGCUGGAGACAGAAUUCAGCAGGACGGCCGACAUCAAUGACCUGCUGUCGCUGGUGGAGGGUAUCAUCAGGCAGCAUAACCGAGCGGGCGAAGAGUUCUACAGCGACAGCAGCAAGAAAGAUGGAGCUCUGGUGCUCACCCUGGGAGCAGUCAACCUGCAAGAAAGCAGCCCCGGCGAGCGGCCGGACUCGGCGACGGGAAACGGCCAGCGGCGGAGCGACUACAGCCAGUACCUGCACCGGCAGCUGCUGCAUGUGGAGAAGGAGCUUGAGCUGCUGGGCCCCGCCCGCUUCCCAGAGCCCCACAGCCACGCCCGGGCGGUGCAGCAGGUCCAGCACAUGAAGGGCCUGCUGAAGUCUCACCUCUCCUCCUCCGGCUCCUCCUCCGAGGACCAGCCUGAAGGCGGAGGCACCAGCGGCGGCAAGUGCUGCAAAGGCGGCCUGCCCUGGUGGUUCGUGUUCGUGGGCUGGCUGCUGGUGGCGGCGACCAGCGUUGUCUCGGCCUACUUCACCAUGAUCUACGGGCUGACCUAUGGGCUGCAGCGCUCGAUCAGCUGGCUCAUCUCCAUGGUCGUGUCCUUCUUCGAGAGCAUCUUCAUCACCCAGCCGCUCAAGGUCUUGGGUUUUGCUGUUUUCUUUGCCCUGGUUCUGAAAAAAGUUGAUCAGGAGGAAUAUGGAGAUGCUCCCGUCGAAGGAGCACUUGUAAACUCAGAUGACCCAGAUGCAGUGCUGAGUGCUCGGCGGGACAGUACCUGCAGCUUCUACCAGCCCCCUCCCCCCACUGACAUCGAGAAGAUGAGGAGCAACAUGAUCAAGGAGCAGAAAGUGUUCGCACUCUUCCGGGAGAUCAUCACCUACUUGGGGUUCCUGUGGAUGCUGCUCCUCAUAGCUUACGGUCAGCGGGACCCCAAUGCCUACUUCCUCACCCAACACAUACAGCAGAGCUUCAGCAACGGGAUCCCUGACACAAUGAGCCAAAAAGACGUCUUCACUUGGGCAAACACCACCCUGCUCAGCAACCUCUUUGGAGAGUACCCAGGAUUCGAAACCACGGGAACGGUGUAA